GCCAUGUUUACCUAUAGCGGGUGCGUUUUUGGCCUAUCACAAUCAAGUAUUCAGGUGACCUCAUAACUCUGAAUCGUUAUCAGGUAUAUGCAAUGGCGGCUAUGCAGUAAAAAUAGUAAAUAAAUCAAGUUAAAAAUGAAGCCGCACAUAUUUUUCCCUGCACUUGCCCUUAUAGCUGCAUUAUUUAUAACACUAUGGACAACUACAGACAGUCAAGGCGUUGUUAUUGGUCCAGAAUUAGGCACAUCAGGGUAUAAACUUCAACCUGAACCGUCAUAUAUGAUAAUAGCCCCACGAAGGAUCUACCCAUAUGAAGUUGUCCAAGUCUCUGUGUCCAUCUUAGAUCUGAGGUACAAACAGAUCUAUGUACGAUGUUCCAUACGUAAAGAUCGGGUGGAGUAUGCAGGAAUCACACAGAGAUUUGAUAGAGUCUCAACACAAAUGAUCCAGAUGCUGAUGCCCGAGAAUGCUAGGCCUGGCAACUACACUCUGAGGAUAGAGGGCACUCAGUACGGCAACGAGGGGGGUAUGCUCUUCGUGAAUGAAACCGCAGUGUUAUUUGAUGUAAAGCAAGCAUCUGUGUUCAUCCAAACUAACAAGCCUGUUUACAGACAGGGCCAAGAUGUGCUGUUCCGUGUUGUACCUGUUACGCCUAACCUGAUGGCUCGUUCAGGCAGUCUUGAUGUGUAUGCUGUGGAUCCUACUGGAACAGAAGUUAGGAGGUGGCUUGCCAUGCAAACGAAUGCUGGAGGUGUCCUUGAGAUGGUUCUAAAUCUGGCAGAUCAACCCCCAUAUGGACACUGGAGUAUCCGGGUAGAUGCAUUUGGUAGCUCUUACAAAAGGUCUUUCCUGGUAGAGGAAUUCUAUCUUCCCCGGUUCUAUGUGAAUGUUAGUAUGCCUCCACAUAUCAUGGAAGACAGCUUUGGCAUAGGAGGUGUCAUAACAGCCAAUCGCACAAGUGGCAGUUCAGUGCAGGGGAGAUGUCACAUCAAGGUUCAAGUCAGGGACCCCAACCUUAACUAUGACCCCAGAUAUCCUCCAGUGUGGCCAACUACCUAUUACUCCAUACCUUACUUUGAGGCUCGCAGUGAUAUCUUUUUCUCGAUGGAGCAACUAAGACGGUUAGUGCCUGGUGGCAAUAUGGUGGCCAAGGAAGUCCAUGUCAAUGUGUCAAUAUACGACUUUGCAGUACAAGAAAAUAAGACUGGUUGGGCUUCAACACUGAUCUACGGCACAGGUUUAAAACUUAACUGGUUAGGGGACCAUGUUAGAACAUUUAAACCUGAAAUGUUGUUCACUGUACAUAUCGUAGCCAAAAAACAUGACGGGUCCCCUGUGACGUUGGAUAGAUAUCGCCUGAUCACAAUCUCACGACGUUUGAAGACACGGGGUGGAGGAGGCCGCACAUUCCCAGAAAUCAAACUCCCACUUCCUGACAGCAGUGUGCUAACAUAUGAAUUCUUGCCUGAAAAAGAGGCUGAAUCGUACACAAUCAAGGCCUGGUGGGAGAAUGAUCGCAGUACAGAGAUUGAAUUAACAGCUCAUCGUCAUUAUUCACCAACAGAUAACUACAUCUCUAUCAUAUCAUCUACCUUGAAGCCCCAAGUUGAUCGCUACAUGAUCUUCACUGUAUUCACGACAACAUAUGUAGAGAAAGUCUAUUACCUGAUAUCAUCAAAGGGUAACAUUGUCCAUGGUGAUGUGCUUCAUAUGUCAUCACGUCAGAAAACUUUCUCAGUGGCGCUCUCCAGGGACAUGUCUCCACAGGCUCGCAUCGUGGCUUAUUACAUCAAGUUUGGGGAAGUUGUUACUGACGGAAUGAACUUCUUUGUUGAUGGAUCAAAUCUGAACCCCGUAACCGUGACAUUCAACAAAGGGAAAGAUUUCACAUAUGAUACCAUUGAGAUCAUUGGCAAGACUGACCCAGGAUCUUACAUUGGAUUCUCUGGCUUGGAUUAUGAUCUCUACAAACGUGGAGCUAGGACCUUCAUCACUGAGAACGAUAUUAUGGAAGAGCUGAGUACAUAUGAUGACCAUGUUAACUCAAGCUAUAAGCACACUUGGAAGGGAUGGGAGGAUGAGGACAGACAUGAGUUCUACCCUGCAGGAACAUAUGGCAUUGAUGCAAACACAACAUUCUAUUAUGCUGGGUUAGUGGUUUUCACAGAUGCCAAUGUGACCAGGUUGCCACAUGAGUGUAAUGAGACUAUGGGUUGGUUGCCUUGCUACGACGGCACAUGUUAUCGUGUUGAGAAAAAAUGUGACGAAUAUGCAGAUUGUCUGGAUAGAGCUGAUGAAAUGGGAUGUACAUACAACAGAACCACACCAUACCCCCUAACAACACCAUUUGAACGUAUGAAGCGAAUCACUCGUCACUACGAAGAAACGGGAUCCUGGCUCUGGUUGGGGCAUUUUGCCAAACCUAACGGCCAAGUUGAACUAAAGGUGGAGCUACCAAAAGAGCCAAUGUCAUGGGUAGUAGGUGCGUUCAGUAUGAGUCGAGAGAAAGGUCUCGGGGUGAUGCAGGAGCCAGCAAGGUUCCAAGCCACACGUCCAUUCUAUAUCCAAGUUGAGAUGCCAGAACUUGUAGUGAAAGGCGAGAUGAUUGGAAUCAGAGUGGCUGUGUUCAACUACCAUAACGAAUACCUAGAGGCCCUGGUUACUCUGCAUAGAUCACCAGACUAUAGAUAUGUGAUCGUUGAAGAGUUUGGGAUCGUCAGCUCUUACGCCCCUCGACUUGGAACUGGGGAUCUACAGACUCUUGUCUAUGUGGAACCUGGAGAGUAUGCAUACGUCCAUAUGCCAGUGUUGCCCAUCAAGGACAAUUUUGUUGAUGUUACGGUCAGCGCAACAUCUUUCAUUGGUGGAGAUUCAGUGACUAAAAGGAUGCAUAUCAUCUAUGAUGGCGUCACCAACUACUACAACACGCCAUAUCUCAUUGAUCUCAUAUCCCAGGGUUCCCUCAUUAUUCCCGAUCUUGAGAUUCCCGUCCCUGAGCAGUUUGUCGUCCCUGAGCAAAGAGAGCAUCGCUAUGUUCCUGGCUCACCAAGAGCAUUUGUCAACAUUGUCGGUGAUGUUGUGGGACCUGGUCUGUUCAAAGACUACAUUAAUGCAGAGGAUAUGUUAAGGAGACCAUUUGGAUGUGGGGAACAAUCUGCCUUCAACUUUGCUGCUAACUUAUACUACCUGAAGUUCCUCAAGGCAACAAACCAACUUGAACCUAAUGUAACAACCAAGGCCCUAACAUACAUGAACAUAGCAUACCAGCGUAUUAUGAGCUACAUGAACGUAACUGACAACUCAUUCCAUGUUUUCCGUGACCAGAACACAACAAGUGGAGCUUUUGAGGCAGUGGGACCAUUGUAUGAUAGGAAAAUGGUGUCAAACCGAACUAUGACUGGACCUGAUAUGGAUAUACCUACGUAUAAGAAUAUAUCUCUAACAGCUUAUGUGCUGAUAUCUCUGAUAGAAAAUAGUGGAGUUACAGGAAUUGCAAGAAGUCGUGUUGAAUCAGCUAAGACAUUGGCAGUAAAAUACCUAAAUGAUUUUGUGCAAGAUAUCAGUGACCCCCUUCAGAUGGCACUUGUCACUUAUGCAUUGGACGUAGCAAACAGCGUAAAGAGAAACGAUGCCUUCAAACGCCUCGAGGCUAUGAAAAUUGAAAAUGAGUUUGCCUAUUGGGCUAGUGUAGAAAUCCCAAUGAAUCCGACAAAGAUUAUCAACACGGUACCGUUCCAUCUACCUCGUAAAGAAUAUGCAAAUGAGGCACAUGCUGUUGCUGCUACGUCAUAUGCUUUGCUGGUGUAUAUGAGAAAUAAUCGAAUGCGCGAGGCGACACCCAUCGUAAAGUGGUUACAGACAAUGAGGAAUUCUAUUGGUGGAUUUGCUGCUACUCAAGAUUCAAUCAUUGCUCUAGAAGCACUGACAAAAUAUGGAGAGGCAGAUACAAACAGAGAUCUCUAUAACAUGGAGAUUAAUCUCGAAUCCACAGCUUCACCCGAUUGGAAACGUACUGUGCGGCUAAAUAAGGAUAACUUUGCCAAGCUGCAGCGUUUAGAGCUCCCCCAAGAUAAAAUCUAUGGAAGUGUCAAAGCUGUGGCACAGGGAACUGGCAUGGCUCUCAUGCAGCUGGAGACACAUGUGAAUGUGGAGUAUGAUAAUUUGCUGAAACAGGCAGAAUUAGAUGCACCAGCAUUUGACAUCAUCAUCGAUGACCUUAAGUUCAGUGGCAGAAAUUUCUCCAUUAUGGAAAUGAGACCAUGUGCCCGAUGGAAGAGAAUGGACAUUGCCAACCAGAGUGGAAUGGCUGUCAUGGAGAUUCACAUCCCUACAGGUUACGUUGUAAUGAAUGAUGACCUCAGAGCUUACGUCCAAUCAAAAAAUGUAUCUCUACUUAAGAGGGCUGAAUAUUACGCAAGAAAAGUAGUCUUCUAUUUUGACUCGCUGAACAGCACAUACACCUGUGUUGACUUCAGAGCUGACAGAUGGUUCCCUGUUGCUAACGUCACCAUCCAGAAUAUGAUGAGAGUCUACGAUUAUUAUGAAACAGGUUUACACAAUACUACGCUAUACACCACCUACAAUCUGUUCAACCUACACAUGUGCCAAGUCUGUGGAAGCUUCCAGUGUCCUUAUUGUCCUGGAUACAACACAGCUGGCAUGCUCUCCUUCAGUCUAGUGUUUAGUAUUCUAUCUGUACUUCUCGGGUAUUUAACACAGCGCCAUCUUUUGAACUCUUGAUGAGGUUAAACUUUCAAGGACUUUUAUUUGGUUAAUUUGGCACUCGUUUAAACUUAGCAAUAAGGAGCAUGAAAAAAUUCAAGGAAAAUUGAGCUUUUUAUUUAAGGCUUUUCAUUAAAAAAUAGUUAAACUUUUUUUGUUAUGAAAGCAGCUGAAAUCUGACAUUAAUUCAUAACAUUGGCAUUCUAGAUUUCCAUUUUCAUUGUAUAUCCAAAUAUGGAAGUAUGGUACUCGUAGAGGUUUUGUUGUUAAAUUCUCUUGAAUGGCCACUUGCCGAGACAACAAAAAGAUGAGACUAUUGAUUUUUGAAGAGCGAUAAUUCAGCAUUUUGAAAAGAUGUGCUAUUGUCCAAGUUGAAACCAAAGUUGACAUUUCAGAAUUGUCAACAAAAUGAUUUUGCUUCAAAUUUUUGGAAUAUAUUGAACUCAUUUUUGGUUUCAAUUUUGAACUGUUCAACUGGGUUAGAGAAUGAACUGCAGUGUGCCAUAAGACAUGCCUGAUAGAAAUCAAAGUAAUACAUUAGUACUACAACGAAACAUUUCCAAACCUGAUAGAAACUGCAUUUUAGGGUUUAUUUACAUAUAUUUGUCUAUCUGUACAUAGGCUGUACUGGGAAGUACUUGUAUUUUAGACUUUUUUAUAAUUCAUGUAUA